AUGGCUGUCGGGGCCAAAAGUAUUAUGCUGAAUGACACAAGACAGGGGGCAAACUUAAUACCAGAACCUCCUGAAGAACAGGUACACGAAGAUACGUUUAAUCAAAGGCUAGACACUAUCUAUGACGAAGAGCCUUUGGGAUUUGAGAAAGAUCCACGGUCAUCAAGCGCAAAGAUGUUAGCUCAGGACCCAUUAGAAGAGAUUGAUCUCGGAGAUGGACCUACGAAGAGAGUUAUAUACAUCAGUGCUAAACUGGAUCCCAAGAUGAAAAACAGGUUAGUCGAAUUACUAAAGAAAAAUAGAGAUUGUUUCGCUUGGGACUAUGAUGAAAUUCCUGGUUUGAAGAGAGAUCUGGUCGAACUAAAACUUCCUAUUAAGGAUGGAAAAAAGCCCAUCAAGCAGACUCCAAGAAGGUUCACUCCAGAGAUCCUUUUGAAGAUUAAAAAGGAGGUCGAAAGGCUUCUUCGCUGCAAUUUCAUCCGGACCACCAGAGUGUGUAUAGAUUUUCGUGAUCUGAAUGCAGCAACUCGUAAGGAUGAAUACCCAAUGCAUGUGGCAGAAAUGCUAGUUGACUCAGCUGCAGGGUAUGAAUAUCUUAGCAUGUUUGACGGCUAUUCCGGGUAUAAUCAAAUUUUCAUUGCAGAAGAGGAUGUUUCUAAAACAGCCUUUCGAUGUCCAGGGGAAAUAGGCACUUACGAGUGGAUCGUUUAUAUAGAUGACAUAGUAAUAAAAUCUAUAUCAGACGAAGAUCAUCUAACCCAUCUCAGCCAAUCGUUUGAAAGAAUGAGAAAACAUGGCUCUAAGAUGAAUCCUCUAAAAUGGAAGAUAAAUUUCCUGAGGAGAUUUAUUUCAAAUUUAAGUGGUCGAAUUCAAGCCUUCUCCCCUCUUUUGGGUCUAAAACAUGGAAAUUUUGAAUGGACAAAUGAACACCAAGAGGCAUUCGAAGAGAUAAAGCAGUAUCUAACGAAUCCGCCUAUCUUGUCACCACCAAGUCAAAAGAAGCCUAUGAGAUUGUAUAUAUCAGCUUCCGACACUACUAUAGGUAGCAUGUUAGCACAAGAAGAUGAAAAUGCCAUUGAGAGGGCCACAUAUUAUCUAAGUAGGGUAUUAAUUGAUGCAAAAACUAGAUACACUUUGAUAGAAAAAUUGUGUCUAUGUUUGCAUUUUUCAGGUACUAAACUCAAAUAUUAUAUAAAGCCAAUAGAUUUGUAUGUAUCUUCACAUUUUGAUGUUAUAAAGUACAUCUUAUCAAAGCCAAUAAUGCACAUUCGAAUUGGCAAAUGGGCUCUAGCCCUAACUGAGUACUCUUUGGCCUUAAUGCCUUUAAAAGCUAUGAAGGGGCAAGUAGUCUCAGAUUUUAUAUUGGAUCACGCAGUGGUCGAAAAUCCUCAAAUCCUAGUUGAGUUGAUGCCUUGGAGAUUGUUCUUCGACGGUUCCACCCAUAAAGAUGGUAGUGGAGUUGGGAUUCUACUAAUUUAUCCUGAUGGAAUUCCAAGAAAACUCAAGUAUAGAAUUGAAGGGCCCUUGUGUCGAACAAUGAGGCGGAAUAUGAAGCCUUAA